UCUGCCGUUGGUCCUGCCUGCCCCCCGGGCCUCCGGACCAGCAGCCGCCAGCCCGUCAAUCUCCCAAAUCUUGCUGACUCUUCCCCUCUACUAAUACAUGGAUCUGCCCCUUUCACCACUCUUUCACCACCAUCAUGGUAACGGCCUUCACCAGUUCUCAGCUAGAUGACCCUUUGCUUUUCUAGAGAGAAUGACCCAGAGGAAUCCUAAGCGGAAAAUAAUAUCCGAGUUUCAUAGUUUAGCAGCCGAGGGAGACGUCAGCAAGUUGACGGCAAUACUCAGUCAUUCUCCAGAUCUUCUCAACGAAACUUCUGAAAAUGGCUGGACUGCGCUAAUGUACGGUGCCAGGAAUGGACACCCUGAUGUUGUCCAACUUUUACUAGAAAAGGGGUGUGACAAAUCUAUUGUGAAUAAAUCAAGACAGACCGCAUUGGACAUUGCUACGUUUUGGGGUUAUAAGCAUGUAGUUAAUUUAUUGGCGAAUACUAAGGGUAGGGAAACACCGCGAUUCCUUCCCAAGAAAAUGGAGGAGUGGGAAAAUUAUUUCAGCAAAACUCUCCUCGAUAGAAAAAGUGAGAAAAGGACCAAUUCCAGUUGGCUGUUGGCUAAACAAAGUCAUCCAGCUACUAUUUAUAUCCUUUUCUCAGAUCUAAGCCCACUGGUUACGCUGGGGGGAAGUAACGACAGUUCCCAACAGCCAGACGUCAAGCUCUGUCAGCUGAACCACGCUGACGUAAAAGAUUAUUUGACCCAGCCAGAUAAGAUCAUUCUAGUUUUUCUUGGGGUAGAACUUGAAAUGCAGAAAAAGGCCCUGAAUCCUACCCGCGGUGAGGCCCUAACAGAAGAGGAAGACGAGAUAGCCUGGUUUGCCCUUGGAAUAGAUCACGUUUCAGCUGAACAAUUUAAGAAGAGCCACGAAGAUUGUUAUUUCCUUCACCCUCCAAUGCCUGCUCUCCUGCAACUCAAAGAGAAAGAAGCUGGAGUAGUAGCGCAAGCAAGGUCUGUUCUUGCCUGGCACAGUCGAUAUAGCUUCUGCCCAACGUGUGGAAGUGCCACGAAGAUUGAAGAAGGUGGCUAUAAAAGGCAGUGUUUAAAAGAAGACUGUCCCAGUCUCAUCGGAGUUCACAAUACAUGUUACCCAAGAGUUGAUCCGGUAGUGAUCAUGCAAGUGCUUCAUCCAGAUGGGAACCAGUGUCUCUUAGGGAGGCAGAAAAGAUUCCCUCCCGGCAUGUUUACUUGCCUUGCUGGAUUUAUCGAACCUGGGGAGACAAUUGAAGAUGCUGUUCGAAGGGAAGUAGAGGAGGAGAGUGGAGUUAAAGUUGGCCACGUUCAGUAUGUCUCCUGUCAGCCCUGGCCGAUGCCCUCCUCCUUAAUGAUUGGCUGCUUGGCUGUUGCGAUAUCUACGGAAAUUAAAGUUGAUAAGAAUGAAAUAGAAGAUGCCCGUUGGUUCACUAGAGAACAGGUUGUGGAUGUGCUCACCAAGGGAAAUCAGCAGAUGUUCUUCGUGCCGCCCAGCCGAGCCAUCGCCCACCAGUUAAUCAAACACUGGAUUCGAAUGAAUUCCAACCUUUAAAUCUGAGGCCCUGACUCUCUUCAGGAUGAUGUUGCACUUCUGACCACGGUUCUUUCUUCAGGAAUUAGAAAUAUGUGCUCAUUUAUUAAAGUAUCAUGACCCAAGAUA